AUGGCGAGAAAAAGAGGUUUUUCUGUUUUUCCCUUUUAUCGUUUUCAUGAAAACCAAAAAAGAAAAUUACAUUAUAUCUGUUUUAAAUUAGUUUGCUUAACUUUAUAUAUAAUUGGAUUUUACUAUGCUUUUCUGAAUAAUUCUUUAGAAAAUAAAUGUUUAGAAAUAGCUAAAAAUUGUAAUGUAUAUAAACGCAAUUUAGGUGAAGCACAAACAAAAAAUAAGGGACCAAAAUGGAAAAGAUAUUUAAAAUAUAAAAAAGAAGAUGUAAGCAAAACAAAAUACAAUACAAAUAAUAUUAAAAGUAAUGAACAAAGUGUAGAGGAAAAUAAAGAUUGUACUAAGAAUGAAAUCAAGAAAAAUAAUGUGGAAAAUAAAAGUAAUAGGUCUAUAAAUAAUAUAAAUUAUAAUGAUAUUUCAAAGACAUUGACAGAAAAGGAAUUUUUUGAUGUAUUAAAUUCAUUAGAAGAAUGUCCACCCAAAGAAGAUCUUAGAAAUAUAUGGACUCAUGCAGUUGGUAUUUCAAAAGAAGAUGUUGAUGAUAUACAGAAAGAGUUAAAGGUGUUAAUACAAAAAUACUUAGAUAACGAUAUUAAUGUGGGUAAUAUUAAUUGGGCUCUUGAUUCCUAUUUAUAUAAUGAUAUAUGGGAUCAAAAUAUUUCCAGAUUUUAUAAAACAUUAGCAACAGAAGAGAUUUUAUACACUAAUAAUUUUUUUAGUCUAAUUAAUGGUAAACAUACAGUUGAUGAUAUAUUGAAAUUUAUUUAUUCGUUUUUAGAACAUUUUAAAACAUUAAAAAAGGAAUUACACCAAAAACACCAAAAGGAACUUCUCGAAAGUAUUGCGAAAAACGUACAUUCAUUGAAAAAAAAAUAA